AUGGUGGCUCAGGUCCAGGCAGAACCGCACAUGCUAGUUUUCUCCACGUCUGGAGCAAAUGAGGCUAAAAUCAUUGCGCAGAUGAUCACGGCCCUUUGGGUGGACAAUGGGAUUGCCCUCCGGAACACGCCAGCCCAGCCGAGCCUCAAUGUCCGUGGAGGAGAGAUGAACAUUCUGAGCCACGUUUUGGAGGGAAAGAACAAAACCUGUGGUUACCUGACUGUCAACAUCGAGCCGCUUCCUCCGGUGGUGGUCGGGGAUGCCGUGACUUUGAAAUGUAAUUUCAAGACAGAUGGCAGGAUGCGGGAGAUCGUCUGGUACCGGGUAACAGACGGUGGGACCAUCAAGCAGAAGAUCUUCACCUUCGACGCCAUGUUUGGAAAUGCCAAUCUGAGCUGCUUGUGUGUGUAUCACCAGCGGCAGGACCUCCUUCAAGCCACCUUGAGGCUUCCAGAGGUCCGGAUCUCAGACAACGGCCCCUACGAAUGCCACGUGGGAAUAUAUGACCGAGCAACCCGGGAGAAGGUGGUGUUGGCGUCUGGCAACAUUUUCCUCAAUGUGAUGUCUCCUCCCAUCUCGAUCUCAGUCAUUGCCGCAGACACGCCCGCCCCCUUCAGCCGCUACCAGGCCCAGAACUUCACCUUGGUUUGCAUCGUCUCCGGUGGGAAGCCAGCCCCCAUGGUCUACUUCAAGAGAGACGGGGAGCUGAUCGAGGUGGUGCCCUUGGCGGAACCCCCAGUCAGCGCUGCUAGCUUGCAAGACGGCCGAGCGUCUCGGAACCUGCUUAACCGGGACAUGGACGACACCAAGAUGCAGAAGUCGCUCUCCCUCCUGGACGUGGAGGACCGGGGCGGGAGGCCCUUCACGGAGGACCCUUUCAAAGGCCUCACCCCGGACCAGGGACUUUUGUUCAGCCCGGCCACGGAGGUCGUCCCAGAGACUGUGGUGAGCCGGGAGUUCCCCCGCUGGAUCCACAACGUGGAGCCCAUCUACUACUUCCACCACACACACAUCCCCAUCAGCGACGGGACCGUGGAGGUGCGGGCAAUGCUCAUGUGGACGCUUAACCCCCAGAUAGACAAUGAAGCCCUCUUCAGUUGCGAGGUCAAACACCCUGCCCUCUCUAUGCCCAUGCAGUCCGAGGUGACUCUAGUGGCUCCCAAGGGACCCAAGAUCAUGAUGACUCCCACGAGGGCCCGCGUUGGAGACACGGUUCGCAUCCUGGUGCACGGCUUUCAGAAUGAAGUCUUCCCAGAACCCAUGUUCACCUGGACCCGAGUCGGGAGCAGGCUGCUGGACGGCAGCGCCGAACAUGACGGGAAAGAGCUGGUCUUGGAACGAGUGCCGGCGGAACUGAACGGCUCCAUGUUCCGCUGCACGGCACAGAACCCGCUUGGCUCCACCGACACCCACACCAGGCUGAUCGUUUUCGAAAAUCCAAAUAUCCCAAGAGGAACAGAAGAUUCAAAUGGUGCAGCACCCAGCCUCACCAGCUCCAGGCUUGCCGUGGCCCUCGUCUUGACAGUGAUCUUAGAAGUGACGUGAAGCCUUCGCCAAGCCCCUCCCUCUCUCUCCGUUG